UGUCACAACAACACUUCGCCAUUUCAGAUUUCGGGGGGCAGAAACUCCCGCGAAAGAAUUAGGUCAACUGAGCGGAGGCGGACGAUUCUUCAUUGAAAACAUUUCUUACCUCUUGGUUCUUAUACAGUCUAUGGUUCCGAUGUGUGUUAUUUUGUUGGUGCGAAUGAGCUUUUCCUGCGUGGGCCCGGGCUGAAGUCAGUUCUCGGAUUUUCCUGCUAACAGCUAACUUACCAAGCUAGCUGAGUGUAAACAAGAAGGAUGAAGAGGAUGAAAGGAGGAGAGGAGGGCAGCUCUUCCAGUAAGAGCCCUCCGGAGGCUUGCAAGAAGGUGCGGAAGCAGAUGAGGGAGGAGUCAGAGGCAGUGGUGGCCUGUCAAUCACCAGACAGCAACUGGGCUCGCAUGCCUCAGGAACUCCUGCUACACAUCUUCCAGUACCUUCCACUGCUGGAUCGGGCUUAUGCCUCUCAGGUGUGCCGCGAGUGGAACCAGGCUUUCCACAUGCCCGAGCUGUGGAGAUGCUUCGAGUUUGAGCUUAACCAGCCAGCCAGCUCUUACCUGAAAGCCACCCAUCCAGACCUCAUCAAGCAGAUCAUAAAGAGGCACUCCAACCACCUGCAAUAUGUCAGCUUCAAGGUGGACAGUAGUACCGAGUCUGCAGAGGCAGCAUGUGACAUUCUUUCACAGUUGGUGAAUUGCUCAUUGAAGACCUUGGGGCUCAUCUCUACAGCAAGGCCCAGUUUCAUGGAGGUUCCAAAGUCUCAUUUCAUCUCAGCUCUGACUGUGGUGUUUGUCAACUCCAAAUCGUUGUCAUCGCUGAAGAUUGACGACACGCCAGUGGAUGAUCCAUCACUGAAAGUGCUGGUGGCCAACAACAGCGACACCCUGAAACUGCUGAAAAUGAGCAGCUGCCCUCAUGUCUCCCCAGCAGGGAUCCUGUGUGUGGCAGAUCAGUGUCACGGGCUGAGAGAGCUAGCACUGAACUACCACCUCUUGAGUGAUGAACUCCUGCUGGCCCUCUCCUCGGAGAAACACGUCCACCUGGAACACUUGCGGAUUGACGUGGUGAGUGAGAACCCCGGCCAGCACUUCCACACCAUCAAGAAGAGCAGCUGGGACGCGAUGGUGCGGCACUCACCCAAAUUCAACCUGGUCAUGUACUUCUUCCUCUAUGAGGACGAGUUUGGCCCUUUCUUUAAUGAGGAAAUCCCCGUCACUCACCUUUACUUUGGUCGCUCAGUCAGUAAGGAGGUCUUGGGCAGGGUUGGUCUCCACUGCCCUCGUCUGGUGGAGCUGGUGGUGUGCGCCAACGGCCUGCGUCCUCUUGAUGAAGAGCUAAUCCGCAUCGCAAAGCACUGCACCCAGCUGUCAGCCAUCGGCCUGGGCGAGUGUGAGGUGUCCUGUAGUGCAUUCGUGGAGUUUGUCAAGAUGUGUGGCCGGAGGCUUUCCCAGCUGUCCAUCAUGGAGGAGGUGCUGAUUCCAGAUCACAAAUACUCCCUGGAUGAGAUCCACUGGGAGGUUUCUAAGCACCUGGGCCGGGUCUGGUUCCCAGACAUGAUGCCGACUUGGUAAAGUGAAGCCAAAGAGGCGCGCAGAGUUCAGUAUGUCAAGUUUGUGGUGUGGAACAUUCAUGGCCUCCAUGUUUGCACUGAAAAGCCUUUAAAUGCUCAGCUGUAGUAGAAUGUUUGGUGCCAACAUGGAGAGCAUAAACUUGCUGAAAGUAUGUGUGGAGUUCAGGGCAGGGGUGUAAUGGGGAACCUGACUGCUACACAAUGUUAUCAUGUCAUGUAAACACCACUCUUCAAAAUGGACCAUAGAAUCCUGUUUUGUCAAAUCCGUAGACAGAACAUGCCAGGCUGGCUCCUUCACAGACCAGUGCAGGUGGAAAUAUUUGACUAAAAAAGCAAUGAUUUUUUUUUUUUUAACCACAAACCGAGUUAUUUGGACAUUAUAGCCUGGUUAUAAUAAUCUAUAUUAUGAGAGGUAUCUGUCUGUCUGUGUGCGCGUGUUCGCAGUAUGCAUAUGAGCGUGCGUGUUUAAUGUCUUUUAACAUUGUGGAGUAAUUUGGGAUGAUUAGGUGCACAAUUGCAUGUUGUUACACUACCACUUGGACUACUUAAAAUUCAGUCUGAGAUAGCAGCUCUGCACUAACAAAAUAUGGCAUGGGAGGUUUCCAAAUGGCUGCGAUGUUAGCUGUAUAUAGUAUUUGGCAGAAGGUGUUUCGUCAGGUGUAGUCAAUGGGAGGAUUCAUUUCAUUUUGCAGAAGAGUGGUUGGAUCCUACAUCCUAAUUCUAAACUAAUUUAAACAACGAGCAGCAGCCGGGUUUGCGACAUCUUGCUUUUCCUCCUCGCAGCAGCACAAUAAUGAAUGAAAAAAGAAAACAUGAUUGCAGAAAAUUUUAGAAGGUUGGCCAGGGGACAAACAGAUGUGUAUGUAUAUAGGUCUAUAUCUUUGGUACAUGAAGGUGUACAUUGGUUGAUGUCAUGGAUUUUUAUUAAGAUGUAUUUCUUUCCUGCAAUGUGCAUCAGUUGGCUUGAGAAAUUAAUUUCUUGGUUUUGUUUAUAGAAGGAUUCUGUACAGUCAUAGCUUUCUGAAGCACCUUACCAUAAAAACCAAAUGAUAGCCAGGACAAACAAAGUCCUUCUGCCCUAAUGAAAGCAGGAAAACUAAUCUUUAUAAUGCUCCAAUUAUUUUUUUUUUUUAGUUGGACUCAGAUUCUAAUUAUUUACGCUGCACUGGGACUCUGUUGAAUCAGAUACUGAGGACAGUAUAUUGAAGUAAUAAAGCUAUAAUUACUGCCAAAAAAAGGAGAAAUAUCACUAUGUAAAUAUUGCACAGAAAUGUCUGAAUUUGGAGGUAGAUCUUGAUGAGUCUGUAACCUUCAUAGUCAGAUUGCUUUGUAAUAAUUCAAUAGACUAGUCUCUGCAGCUAUUAGCUUGCAAUGCACACUGGGAAUGCAAAAACGAACCCUUUGUGUCACUCAGGUGCAUUAAAUGAAUAUAUUUCCUAUAUAGGUUUCAUUUGAAUCUUCUGCUAUUUGCCUGUUCGAGCUCUAAACCUUUUCUCACUGUCGUGAAUAUCUGCCCUCCCCAUAAGCCCACAUUUGGUCUGAAUUGUGUCACCACAUCAGACACACAGGAGAGGAAACGGUAUUCAUCUUGUCAUUACAAACACCGUCUUUGCUGAUAUCCCUAGUGCUCCUGUCCCAAACAUCCAUUCAUUUCAGUUGAAAGAGAUUUGGCAAGUCAGAUGAGUGAAACACAACUUUUUUCCUUUAAGAAGGAAGUCAAAUGCAUCUGUAUAUAAAACGCUGUGUGUUUUGAUUAUUAUAAAUAGAAAUGUACUUAUUUCUUUAUUUCGCCCUCUGUCAGGGUUCGAAGUUUCCUUAACAAACGGUCUUUUAUAAAACCAGAGUGCGAGUUAUCCUUUACUAGAUGGAUCUUUUUCAUACUGUAGUCACCACAGAUGAUGAGCUAUGUAAUUUAUUGAUAUGCAUACAGCUUUUUGUAAUAAUUUGUUUCACAUUUACACAAAAGAAGCAAUCAUUAUAACCAGCAAGUAGAUCAGCAGCACUUCCGCCAUCUGUCACUCCAAAAGUUUUGAGUCCACUACUACAAACUUUUUAUCAACGCACAGGUGAGAUUUUAAUAAGUAAUUUUAAUCCAAAACAAAACCAAACAUUAAAAGGCAAAUAUUACACUCCAGUUAGUAAAUCUAACUCUCUGCAGAGGAAUGCCACUGUUUUUGUCUGAAACUGUGAAAAGGGUAGAGCUGCAACAAAUAAUCGAUUAGUUGACAACUAUGAAAUAAAUUGGCAACUAUUCUGAUAAUCGAUAAGUCUGAGUAAUUCUUUAGUCAAAAAAAAAAGCCAGCUUCUUAAAUGUGCGUCUUUUCUGUUUAAACUAAAUAUCUAUUUUGAGGAUGUUCACUUGGAAACAAUUUUUUUACUUAUUGUAAACUAAACAACUAUUCGAUUUAUCAAGAAAAUAAUUGACAAUGAAAAUAAACGUUACCAGUAGCCCUAGAAAAAGGAUUAGGUUCCUGGCAGGACAAUGGCACUAAAAGCACAGUGAAGUUGUACUACUACUGCUUAAAUCUAAGGAGAACAAAGUCCCCAGAUCUGAAUCCAACUUAUCAUCUUAAUGAAAUGUGAAAGUUAAGUUUAACAUCAGGAGGCACUUCCUUAAUAAAAAAUAAAUAAAAAAUAGCCAUAAUAAGAUGAAUUGUCAUUAAAAAAACAGAAUUGUGUUUAAGAAAUCUAUUUUGACACUAUGUGUUGAACAAGUUAUUGGUAGUGGACAAACUUUAGGACAACACUGCAUGUCAGCAGGAUCUGUAUAUGCCAGACCCAGGUCUCGAUUUUGUUUUCCUGCCUGCCAGACUUCAUUCCUGUUGUCCAUGUCGCAUUAGACAUUUCAUGUAGCCCAGUAAUGUCGACCAAAACUGACAGAAAGCUUAUCACAGAAAGCACAAAUGUUUCUUUGUGUUAUUAGAUUGAUCUAACAUGGUCUAUUGAUAGUAUUGGUCUCUUAUCACUGAAGUAGAUACCUGUGCUGAUCGUCUGUGCUCAUGUAUGUUAGCAUGUCAGUGGUACAGUAACAUAUCGCUGAAUUAUUUUUCAGAGUUUGUGCAGUGCGUUAAACGGUUGCAAUGACCACAGCUCUACAGUGAAGAUUGUGUCGCAGUACUUUUCUGGUUUUAAUCAUUUUCCUGUUGUCUUUUUUGUCUUUUAUUGGAAAAUUAAGCUGGAUGAAACAUCUUUUAACAUAAAUACAGCUUAAGAGGGAAUAUGAUUUCUUUCAUCAUUAAGACGCCUCUUGUCAGUAAUUGUUAUUUUAACCUAAUUUGUUCCUCCAGUAAAUUGUAUUAGGAGUAAACUGGUGUUGACAAUGCUGUCCUUUCAUUUUGCUUCUGUAUGGCAAAUGCUUUGUCUACUUUGCUUUACUGGUCACCUGUUUUGAAAUUCAAAUGAUUGUUUUGAACGUGAUCUUUUACUGGUAAUAAAAAACAUUGUGAAUGUA